GGCAGCACGAGUCACGCGUUGUUUGCCUCAGUGCAAAUAUGGCGGAUGAUGGAGAGUCGCUGGAGUCCUGGCUUAACAAAGCCACCAACCCCUCCAACAGACAGGAAGACUGGGAGUAUAUAAUGGGAUUCUGUGACCAAGUCAAUAAGGAGCUCGAAGGCCCACAGAUAUCCGUUAGACUGUUGGCUCACAAGAUUCAGUCCCCUCAGGAAUGGGAGGCGAUACAAGCAUUAACGGUUCUUGAGGCUUGUAUGAAGAACUGCGGGCAAAGGUUUCACAACGAAGUUGGGAAAUUUAGGUUUUUAAAUGAGUUAAUUAAGGUUGUUUCACCCAAGUAUCUAGGAGACAAAGUGUCAGAGGGAGUAAAGAUAAAAGUGAUUGAGAUGCUGUACAGUUGGACUGUGUCUCUACCGGAUGAAGCAAAGAUCUGUGAAGCAUAUCAGAUGUUGAAGUCACAGGGUAUUGUUGUAGUUGACCCAGAAAUCCCUCUUGAUGCCACAUUAAUACCAUCACCUUCUCCGCGACCAAAGAAUCCUGUGUUUGAUGACGAGAAGAAGAGCAAGAGAUUGUCAGAGCUGCUGAAGAGCAAAAAGCCUGAAGAUCUGCAAGAGGCCAAUCGGCUCAUCAAGAACAUGGUCAAGGAGGACGAGGUAAGAACACAGAAAGCGACAAAGCAAAAAAGCACACUGGAGGCAGUCAACAACAGCGUCAAACUCCUUAAUGAGAUGCUGGCUCACUUCAGCCCCGAAGAAUCCACGGACGGAGACAAGGAGCUCAUUAGGGAGCUGUAUGGUGAUUGUGACAAGCUCAGGCAAACAGUGUUUCAGCUCGCCACUGAGACGGAGGAUAAUGACAACAGCUUGGGAGACAUCCUGCAGGCCAGUGAUGACCUCUCCCAUGUUAUUAAUUCCUGUAAGAAGAUUGUGGAAGGACUGACCAUCAAUGGAGAGACUGUAGAAGCACAACAAACUCAGUCAUCAGCCAGACAAGGCCGCACAAACCAAUCAGAGAUUCUGAUUGAUCUUGUGGGUCUGGACAUCCAAAGUGUCUCUCUACCAGAGCAGCAGCAGCCGCCGACAUCUUCUCUGUCUAUUCCCGCUGACCUGCUGUGUGGAUCUGCUGCCACAGACGCUCAGUCGCCCAGUCCCAGUGCUCACUCUGCAGCACUCUCCCUGCUGGAUGAAGAGCUACUAUCUUUAGGCCUCAAUGAACCUGUACCUGUUCCAAGUAAAUCCACACAUGUAAACCUGAGCAAUCCUUUGCCAUCUUUACAGGAUUCCAGUCAAGAUUUGGAUCUUUUUAACACCACUUCACCUUUGGUUCCUGCAUUCUCUACAUCUUCGCUUUUUCCAGAUGCCCUCUCUGUGACUGGUGCUCCAGUUACCCUAACCAAGUCUUCUACAACUGCCUCUGCCUUGAGCUUCCCUGGCCCUGUCUUCUCCACACCUCCGGUUUCUACAGAAUCAAUCUCAACGCAGUCCCUCAAUUCAAUAUUGACCACGGUCUCAGCUGCACUUCCUCAGUCAUUCAGCAUGACCUCACCCGUACCAUCAGCCACCCCUGUUGCUCCACAACAGCCUUCAGCGUCUCUCAGUAACAAUGUGCAAGAUCUCGCCUUGCUGGAUCUGGGCAGUCCUAAAACUACACCCAGUGCGAUGGACUUUGGCAGCAUGGUGGUCAAGAGCGAGGACAUGCUAGCUCCUGCUGCGCUGUCUUCCAGUCUUGGUGUCACCUCCACUUCACUACUCCUAGGAGGGAUGCAAGAAGGGUCCACUCCUCUUCCUGCCAAGAGUCAGGCAGAUGACAGUCCUCUGUUACGCUCCCUGUCCCCCAUCCUCCCUUUGAGCCAGGCCAGUCCAGGCAUGGGACAAGAGGUGUCCCUGGCCAAUGUCUUUGUCCCUUUGGAAACCAUUAAGCCAAGUCAAGUCUGUCCUGUGACGGCAUAUGACAAGAACGGGGUCCGCGUUCUGCUGCAUUUCGCCACCGACUGUCCAGUGGGCAGACCUGAUGUACUGGUGAUGGUGGCAUCCAUGCUUAAUACAGCCCCGCUGCCUGUCAGGAACAUUGUUCUGCAGGCUGCUGUGCCCAAGGUGAUGAAAGUGAAACUGCAACCACCCUCAGGGACAGAGCUGGCUUCUUUUAACCCAAUCCUUCCCCCUGCUGCCAUCACUCAAGUCAUGCUGCUUGCCAAUCCUCUCAAGGAAAAGGUUCGGAUGAGAUACAAACUGACAUUUACGCUGGGAGAGCAGUCACACACUGAAGUGGGGGAGGUGAAUGAGUUCCCGCCCGCUGACAGAUGGGGAGCUCUAUAGCCCUGCACUAGACGCGACUUCUUUAACAAUUGAGUUUGGCAGUGCAGCUCAGAGGUCAAGAGAGGGGGGCGUUACUGGAAGACUUUUAGAGAGAAUCUGAAGAAUAUAAUUUAAACUUUAAUGAACUUUGAAGGAUUUUGUUCUGCUUGUGGUGGCCCACUGAAGUAGCCAAAUUCCUGUAGCGUACAUCCAACUUAAUCUUUACUACAGUGCCAGAGAUAGUUGGUGUGGUGCAGUAACAAAUGGUAUGAAGUGGCUGAAUGUCAAAGAUGGUUAUGUGGGGGAAUUAAUUGAUAAUGUUAAGUAUUAAGUUAUUACUGGGGUUUUUACUAUUAUUAUACCAUUUUGCUCUCUUUUUGAUGUUCAUAUUUAUUACUCCUCCCUCGGCAAUGUCAGACCUGAAUAGAGGAUAGAGAAUACUUGCACUUUUGGAUGCCAGACAGUCUUAAUAUACAGCAAAAACACAUGUUAAAGGAGAUUGUGAAGCCAGGGUCAUUUGAACAUGUGACCAUAACCUACAUUUUACAUGAUUUGCUGCAGUGUUUUACGCUGAACACACUGGACUGGAGCAGACAAGAGCCCCUCUGUGGCUGAAUGAGAGGCACUCACAGAUCGGCUCAUUAAGAAUCGGUUACCCUCAGUUGACUUCCAGUAUGCCCCACAAUUGCUACUGAAUACUGUUACUUGUCUUGACUCAUAUUCUUGUCAUGCUUAUUAGUACUUUUCAGUAUUUAUUGUCAUGAGUGUAUUAUUAUUAUUUAUUUUGGUUUGGGAGGACGGCAUCAAAUCUUUCAAUCUCCUGUUUUGCAAUUGACAGCUGCAUUCUUUCUGCAUACUCUUCUUAUGAUGGACAUUAAGUAUUGCAAUAAGAAAGGCACAAACCAGUUAUGUCUAAAAGGCUUUAAUGUUACAAAAUAUUCAGACAUGCAUUUUAUAAAAUGUUACUUUUGUUUUUCUUUGGCAGAAAGGAAUAUUGUUAAUGUUAAUUAAAUGUCACUGGUUUGCCCUUGCUCCUGCUGUUAGACCAUGUUAUGGGAACCAAGUUAAUGGGGUGCUGUUAUUUUCGGAGUCAACUGUAAAUGUUUAGCUUGUGUGGGUUUCCUAUAACAAACUUGCGAAAUAUUCAAUUAGUAAAAAUUUGGUGGUUAAUUCAGAGCAUUAGGCUCAUCAAGAACAGACUUCUUUAUUUUUGUUCUUCUGGGGCUAUUAGUGCUAUAUGGGAGAUUCUCUACAUAUUUCUUAUAAAAUUAUUUAUUUGUCUUAGAUUGUUAAAUAAACUUACCAUUGCAUAUUUUUUGAAAAGCUAUUUCUGUGCAUGGGAAAAUAAAGAAUGAGAUUGAUCUAUUUGUAAAA